CGGUGAGGGCGGGAGAUGCCACAGGCGAUGUCCUGGGAGAGGUCUCUGACCGCGACCCUGGUCUUCUGGCUGCUCGGUGUUGGGGGGACACUGGCCUGUCCGGAUGGGUGCAGCUGUUCCGGAGAGAACGGGGAGCGUAUCGUGCACUGCAGCCACCGGAACCUGAAGGAGAUCCCGAAGGAUAUCCCUUGGGAUACGUUCGUCCUGGACCUGGACUCCAACCAGAUCACCGAGGUGCCGGACGGGGCUUUUAAGAACCUGCACCGGCUAGUGGAGCUUUACCUGUCCAACAACCAGAUAGAGAGGGUCUCGGCCACUGCAUUCCGGGAUGUGGCGGGGGGCCUGAAGCUCCUCGACCUUUCCAACAACAACAUCAGGAGGCUGAGGCCGGAGGCGUUCAGCAGCAUGAGAGCCAAGACCAGGCUGUACAGCAACCCCUGGCACUGCACCUGCGACUUGCAGGAGCUCAUCAGUGUCCUCAACCCGGACCUGGAGACGGUGAACGACAUCAUCUGCUCCACGGCCAUCGAGGAAGAGUACGCAGGGAGGUCCUUCAUCCAACUGCUAAACGCGGGGAUCAAUUUCUGCAACGUGCAGCAGAAAACCAUGGACGUGGCUAUGCUGGUCACCAUGUUCUGCUGGUUCUCUCUGGUCAUUUCCUACGUGGUUUACUACGUGCGACAGAACCAGGAAGACGCCAGGCGCCACCUGGAGUACCUCAAGUCGCUGCCCAAUCACCACAUGAUGCAGGGCGAGGCAGAUACAGUCAGCACCAUCCUGUGAGGUUUCGUGACCUCCAGCUUUUUUGUGAGCAACAAAGCAAAUUCGAUGUCCAAAGUGCCUGCGUAAAGUGCCUGAUUUUGCCCUCGAAAGGGAGGCAGAAUACCUUCAAUCAGGCCCCCGUCCCAAUGUGCAGCCAUAGGAGAAACUGGGCCCUAGAAUGCAAGCAAGGGGAGCAAGCUUCCACCCUCCCCCUCUAGUCCACCAGCAUCAGUCAGGUUCUAACUGAUACAACUUGCACUUAAUAUAGCGUCCCAGAGCACUUCAAUAACAACAACUAGCAUAAGCACACACCUUCCAAAGUAUUGGAGAUUAUUAUUGCACAAGUC